AUGGCCCACCGCCCCGAACUCACCCUCCACCACCCCCACCGCGACGUGACCGUCCUCUGCGGCACGCGCCGCGCCGCCAUCUCCGCGCGCCUCAUCCGCGCUUAUCUUCCGGCGGCCCUCCUCCCCUCGUCCUCCGCCACCGUCCUCAACCGCCGCCACCAGCUGGACCUGGACGACUGGAUCGCCGGCGGCGGUAGUGCCGCUGUGCGGCACGGUCUGCUGCGGCCGAGCAAGAUGCAGCGCGUCUGCCAGGAGCUGGUCGACAUCCUGGCCGACGCGAGCGAUCAUCAUCACCAUCAUGACCAUCACCACCACCAUCCCGCGGGAGGAGUAGCAGCAGACCCCGUCCCAGCCGCCCUGACUGACGCCCUAGCUAGGGCCCAGCUCGAGGACCGGCGCAGUGGAGGUAGCAGCAGCCAUCCAGGCGGCGGCGUGCGCCACCCACGCACCCUGGCCGCCUUCCUCGCGCUGGCCGACAUCUCGCGCGCCUUCGGCUCGCGGCGCAUCGGCGCGGUGCUGGCGUCCUUCUUCGCGCGGCAUGGGGCGCGCAUAGUCGGCGGCGGCGGGUCGCCCUCUUCGUCCUUCCCUCCUCCUCCCUUCUCCCCCUCGUCUUCGUCCUCGUCCUCCUCCACCACCUCCUUCUCCGAGGACUUCGACGGCUACGCAGACCCAACAAGCGAACACCCCCACGCCGUCCUCCUCUGGGCCUGGAGCCUGACCAUCGCGCGCAUGCCUGUGGCGGCCGACGCCAUCGUGGACGAUGAUGAUGACGUUGAUGACGUCGAGUUCAUCGCCGACCGCCGCGCCGCCUGCCUCCGCCAGCUGCUGCGCGCGCGGCCGGACGUGCUGCUGAGCGGGCGGUACGACGCGUUCGCGGCCGCGGCGCUGCCGGCGGGCGAUGCGGAGGAGGUGUGGGAGGGGGUGGAGAGGGCUGCUGCUGCCAUGGCGGCGAUGGAGAGGGGGAGGGGUGUGGGGCCGCCGCCGGUGGGGGGAUUGGGGGGUUGGUGGGGGUGGAGGGGAGGAGGGGCGGCGGAUGGGCGGGGGAGGGGGAGGAGGAUUAGGGAGAAAGAGAGGGAGAGGGAGAGGGAGAAGGAUUUCGAGCGCCACAGGAGGGCGGCGCUGUUGUUGAUGGAUGAUGCGGCAGCGGCUGGCGGCGGCGGCGGCGGGGGUGGCGGUGGUGGUGGAAUGUACGUGCACGAACAUCGUGAGCGGCGCGUCGUUAGGAGGUCGGCUGGUGGUGACGACGACGGCUUCGGUGACGACCUUGGCGGCGGCAGGCUGCCGUUGGGCCUGGAGACGACGUACCACCGCGGCCACCAUCAUCAUCAUCAUCGCCAGCUUCUCGACCCCCUGGACGACGACCGGAUCGCUUGGACGCCGCCGCCGCCGCCGCGUGGCUACGGCGUUGGCGUUCGCAUUGGCGGAGGCGGAGGAGGAGCAGGAGGGAGGGGCCUGAGAGGCGCUCUGGAUUCGAUCAAGCACGACCAGCGGGAGCUGCGCAUGGACGUGCACGACGUGAAGGACGAGUUGGACGAGCUGGCCGAGCAGAUCAACAAGCUAGGGCGGCAGCGCCAGGACCGGGGAAGACUGCUGCUGCGGAAGGGCCGGGCAGCGGCGGCGGCGGAUUGGCAUGAUGAGCGGGAUCAUGUCGUGCAGGACUGCUGCUGUGGUGGUGAUGAGCAUGAGACGGAAUGGUUUUCGGAGUGGUGGGAUGAUACUUACUGA